AUGUUUGACAUCAAGUACAAAUAUCACAUUCUAGUCGAAAAAAAAACAAUAAAACCCUAUUUUUCUCUAAACUCUCUUCUCUCUCGCAUAUCAAUUCUUCUAUAUAAGAAGAAGACAAGGCUAUCAUUUAACAAAAACACACUUCCAACAACAAUGUUCUCAUUCCAAACUCUUCUUAUUCUUCUUUCGUUCCUAAUUUCAAUGAUUUCGUGUCAAUUAUAUGGAACUUAUUAUUCAAGCGGACUUGACAAUUAUCCAGUUUACUUGAAACAAAAUGGAAAUAUGAAUGGACAAGGAAACGAUUUAUCUUGGCUCGGAAAUGAACUUAAUAUGAUUUGA